AUGAAUUUAGUUAACAUCGCAAAGCAUCUUCUUUAUCUACCAGAAAGAGAGUUUUCCAAUGAAGGUUCAAGAACAAGUGCUGAUGAAAUUGUUGCAUCAGAGCAAUUAUUUGAAGUUUUAAAGUCAUUCAAAGAUAGCCGCUUUAGUGAACUCGAUGUGUACCAAACUCUCGACUUCGAUGAUGAAUAUGAUGAAACAACUGACAAAGAAGAGGGUACUGAUGAAGAAGAAUCUCUCGACGAUACGGAUGAUUUUGAUGAAAAUCAACAACAGAAUAUUUACAAUCACUUUACAUUGGAAGAAAUGGAAGAGAUAGUUGAAUGGGUUGAUCAACAUCCAAAUUAUAAAUUUACUACUAUUAAACAUAGAUUUCAAAAGGUCAAACACCCUAUCUAUAUUACAAGAUUUCGAGAAUAUAUUAGAAAGAACGGCACAAGAUUUGAAAAGCUCGAAAAAAUCAAGCAAUUUAUGUGGGAUGAAUUUUAUGUUAAAGGAGCUGUUGAAAAAGAAGCUGUUCAUGAUACUGAUUUAGAACUUUUUGCAAUUCAAAAAGCAAGAGAAUUAAAAUGGGAUCAUUUUAUUGUCAGUGAAUCUUUUCUUACAAGAUUUAAGAAAAAAAAUCGAAUUUCAUCAAGAAGAUAUAACAAAAUUAUUACUAGAGCUUCUUCAAUUAGAAAAGUUUUCACUUUGGAAGGUAUUUAA